AUGCUACUAAUAAUCGUCGAUGCAUUCAGUAAAUGGUGCGAAGUUAAAACCACUACGUCUACAACAACAGCUGCCACUAUCAAGAUUCUCGACGGGCUCUAUUCGGCAUAUGGCGCACCAGUAACAAUAGUGUCGGACAACGGACCACAGUUUACCGCCGCGGAAUUUAAAACUUUUCUGCAGUUGAGCGGUGUGAAAUAUCACAAGCUGUCACCUCCUUAUCAUCCUGCAACUAAUGGCCAGGCCGAGCGUUAUGUACAGACGGUCAAAAAUGCUUUGCAGGCGAUAGGAACAACUAGUGAAAACUUGCAAAGCAAUCUUAACGUUUUCUUGCAACAGUACCGAAAAGCGCCGCACACCGAAACUGGAGAAUCACCAGCGAAAUUGUUCCUUGGUCGAAACAUCCGGACUCGACUGGACCUCGUACGUCCACAGAAUGCCAACACGAACAUCACCGAGAAACAGCAAGCAACGUUCUCCCCAUCGUUCCGCUUAUUCACACCCGGCCAACAAGUGUUUUUCCUUUCCGGUAAUCCGCGGAUGGACAAAUGGAUUCCUGGAAUCAUUUCUGUGCGGUUGGGAGAUUUGCACUACGAGAUUGUUUACAAGUCAAACCAUCUGAAACGUCAUGUCGAUCAAAUCAGAUGUUUCGAAGGUAGCGACGGAAAGCAGCCAACACAAACGCACACACCUUCAAGCAAACCAAGGUAUUCGAUGGCAGCAGGUUAG